AUGUCCACUAUUAAGACAGUAGUUGCAGUGGCUGUCAAGAAGCAUUGGCCUCUCUUCCAACUUGACGUCAACAAUUCUUUUUUGCAUGGUGACCUUGAUGAGGAGGCCUCCAGGCAGUGGUAUGCCAAGCUCUCCCAAGCUCUUUCUUCUAGAGACUACCAUCAUUCCCUUAAUGACUACUCUCUCUUCACUAGAGUUUAUAGGGACUCUAUUGUGGUGUUUGCAGUUUAUGCGGAUGAUAUUAUCCUCACAGGGACUGAUUCUGCUGAGAUUUCUUCUUUGAAGUCCUUCCUUGAUGCUCAAUUUAAGAUCAAAGAUCUUGGAUCCCUCAGUUACUUUCUAGGCAUUGAGGUGUUAUAUUCAGAUUAUGGGGUUCUUCUACAUCAGAAGAAAUUUUUUCAUGAUCUUCUCUUGGCGUUUCACUGUUCAGAUGUUGCUUUUGUGGUCUGUCCUCUUCCUUUGAAUGUUAAGCUUAAAGACAAGGAGGGCACUCCUCUCCCUAAACUAUUUACAGUGAUUGGGCUACCUGCCCUGACACCAGGAGGUCUGUCACUGGUUUUUGUGUAUUGUUGGGAGGUAGUUUGGAAGUCAAAGAAGCAGUCUGUGGUGUCUAUGUCUUCUGCUGAGGCUGAGUAUAGGGCUAUGAGUAAGGCUGCUGGUGAACUUACUUGGCUGCAUAGGCUGCUUUUGGAUCCAAGCUACCAUUCACAUUGCAAAGAAUCAUGUUUUCCAUCUAAACAUAUUGAGUUGGAUUGUCAUCUUGUUCCAGCCAAGCUUACUGAGGGCCUCAUUCAUUUGUUGCAUACAUCUUCCUCUACUCAGCUCGUGGAUAUCUUCACAAAGGCUUUGGCAGGGGCUGCUCAUCAUGGGUUAGUCUCCGAUUCAUGUUCAUUUGACCUUUUUAUGACCGGUUCAUCCCUGCGGGUGACUUCCCAGGUAGAUCGGGCUCAACCCUGCUCGGUGCACGGCUUUGGUUCUAUAAUUGAGUUAUUACCGCAUGUUGAGCCUGCAACAUUUCGAAGAUCAACCGUAGACUAA